AUGAGCUUUUUAAAGAGAGAGAAGCCUAAGAACCAGGCAGCCAAACAAAGUGAAACGGCGAACAGGAAUACAGAGUCAGGAGAUGAAAAAACUGAAUUGCUGCGUCUGGCAUCGUUAAGUUCACAGAAUUCGAACAAGAAGGAAAAUAGCCCCUUUACACCCAAUUAUUCACAGGAGGAAGCGCUGGAUCGACCUCCUAAGAAGCAUUCUGUGGGUUACUCCGAGGGAUACAGUCCUCGAACAUCUGUGGUAGCAUUAGGAGGUGGCUCCUCUGAAUCCCAACAGCGACCACCUAAUCCAUCGGAUCAGCUCCCACCUAAUCUUCACCAUCACCAUCAUCAUGCACAUGCACAUGCACCAAAAAUAUCUGCGUUAGCGAACCCAAUACGCCCAAAAAUGAAGAUGAAGAGUGGAUCUCUUCUUGGAAAAUUGAUAUAUUCGAGUAGAGGUGAUGCGCCAUUGCAACUCAAUACUCCUGGGAGUAAUGCAAGCCGAGAAAGUGGUGUUGAUGUUCCUAGCAGUGCAGAAUCGAAUAAGCCAGCUCACGUAGCGAAGAGAAAGAGCUCUCAAGGAAAAUCCUUAACUCGUCAUAGGUUUAAAAUGCCUUCCAUAUACUCGGAUAGUGUUCAUAAUGAAGAUUCUGAAACAGCCGAUGUGACUCUGCAAAAUUCGAAAGAUGAGUCUGUGGCCACUAAAUCUACAGAGGAAGACCCAUUUAAUAAGUCAUCUCGAUCAUUUAGUCUCUAUAUGGACCCAGAGGAAAUGCAAGGAAUUGUAAAAUCUCCUGACGCUUAUAGGCGACCUUCAACAUCUUCAAGACGAUCGUCAGUAAAUACACAGGAUGAUAAGCCUCCGAAAUAUACCGCAAAGAGAUCAACAAAUUCGCUUGCAACUUCGCAGAAUCAAGAUAAGUCCGCGUGGAAAGCGCCAGAUAGUUGGGACGUCAAGUUUGAUAAUUUGAACGCUAAAAAGUUUGAAGGACUGUCAGCGUCCGAAUCCGAUUCUGACGACGAGAAGAGUAGUGAAAUCACCGAUACUAGUGAUGUAACAAAUGAGGCUUCUGACGAUCACACGAGGCAUAAAUCAGCAACAUCCGACCUUUCUGGCGGUGUGAGACAGAAAUAUAACUUACCAAUCUUAUUCGGAUCUAGGGCCUUCGAUAACAUAAAGCAAGAAGUGAAAGCGAAAGGACCAAACCACAUUGUAAGAGUCUUCAAAGAAGACAACACGUUCACUACUGUGCUUUGCCCUCUUGAUACAUCGACUGCUGAACUUUUAAGAAUCGUACAAAGAAAGUUUUUUCUUGAUUCUAUUAAUAAUUAUCAGAUUACUGUACACAUUGGAAACUUUGUCAAAGUCUUGGAGCCUUUUGAGAGACCUCUUAGAAUCCAAAUGGGUUUACUUCUACUUAGUGGUUACCUGUCCAAAGAUAAUUUAAGUAUCAUUGGGCGAGAAGAUUUGUCCUUUAUUUGCAAGUUUGUCAUGCAAAACAUUCACUUGAGAAACUUGACACAUGAAGAAGAGGCAAUGCUUUCGAAAGAUUAUGUUGAUGUCAAUAUUUCUGGACUUGACUUGAAAACUAUUCCAAUCAUAUUUCAUCAACACACUUAUGAAAUAGAGAAAUUGAAUGUUGCAAAUAACCCUUCCAUUUAUAUUCCUUUGGAUUUUAUUCAGUCCUCAACCAACUUGAAUACCCUUAUUUUCUCGAAUAAUGGGUGCUCUAAAUUUCCUAUAAAUUUCUUGGAAGCAAAGAAGCUCACUAAUCUUGACAUGGAAAUAAACUUCUUGGACGAGUUACCGUCCAAAAUAAAUUAUUUGGAGAAUCUUACCCAUUUGAAGUUGAACUCGAAUCAACUUUCUACGUUACCUAAAUCAUUUGGUAAACUUGUCAAUUUGGUGUCUUUAAAUCUUUCAACUAAUUAUUUUAGAAACUUUCCAGAACAAAUAAGCGAGCUCGUGAAUUUAGAGGACCUUAAUUUAUCCUACAACAAUCUAUCAUCCAUACCUGAAUCAAUGGGUAAGUUGGUUAAUUUGCGAAAGUUGAAUUUAUGUACCAACAAGCUCUCCAAAUCCUUACCAUCUUGCUUUUCGAAGUUGACUUCUUUGCAAAGGUUAGACAUUCGCUAUAACUCUUUAUCAUCAGUAGAUGUGCUUGAAUCUUUACCGAAUCUUGAAAUUGUUCACGCAUCGAAGAAUAAUAUAUUCACCUUUAGUGAUAAAAUGGAAAGUUUAAGGCUUCUUAACUUUGACAGAAAUCCGAUCACUAACUUCAAAUUUGAAAACUUAAUGCCUGUCUUGACAGUCCUAGAUCUAUCAAAAGCAAAAAUAACUUCUCUUCCUUCAGACUUUAUUUCCCGAAUCAAUAAUAUUGAAAAAUUGAUUUUGGAUAAGAAUCAUAUUGUCAGCUUACCAAAUGAGUUAGGUUACCUAAGCAAACUUACCUUCUUGUCUAUUUAUGGUAACAACUUACAAUUGUUACCAUCAACUAUUGGGCAAUUGACUUCCUUGCAAUAUUUAGAUCUACAUUCAAAUAAUUUGCAGGUGUUACCUGAUGAUAUAUGGAACUUGAAGUCUUUAUCCGUCUUGAAUGUAUCAUCAAACAUCCUUUCUGGACUCCCCAAGCCUCCGCUUUCUGUUGCGAAAAGAAUAUCUUCAUCAGCAAACUUCAGAAGCUUUUUCUCAAGUGCCAGACUGACCCCUAAUGCUACUCCCGAUCAAUCAAGAAGGCCAUCGGUAUUCGUAGACAAUCUGCAAUCUCCGAAGUCGCAUGGCACGGACAUGGAUGAUACUAACCCUAAUACUUCAUCUAUCCAAUUUCCUAGUACAACGUUUUCGAUGGCUGAUAGCUUAUUAGUCUUAACUUUGGCAGACAAUAGGUUAACUGAUGAUUGCUUUGACUCAAUUUCAUUCUUGCUGGAAUUAAAGUAUUUGAAUUUGUCCUACAAUGACAUUGUUGAGAUUUCUGAAGGAGCCUUCAGAAGAUUAACAAAAUUAACUGAGCUAUACAUGUCUGGUAAUGAGUUGACAACUUUGCCUGCUGAUGAUUUAGAGGCUUUGAAAGUUCUUAAAUUAUUGUUUCUCAAUAAUAAUAAGUUGGUCUCUUUGCCUGCGGAAUUGAGUAAGCUUUCUGAUUUGGAGCAUUUGGAUGUUGGUUCUAAUCAACUUAAGUAUAAUAUUUCUAACUGGCCAUACGAUUGGAAUUGGUAUUGGAAUAAGAAUCUAAAGUAUUUGAAUUUUUCAGGUAAUAAAAGAUUCGAAAUCAAGCAAAGUCAUAUCAAGAACCCAGAGACUGGGGAAUUCUUUGAUAGCUUACUAGUUUUGAAGGACCUUAAAGUCUUGGGCCUCAUAGAUGUGACCUUGACGACUACUGCCGUUCCAGAUCAAAGUGUGGACUUGCGGAUACGAACUACGUCAUCAGAAUUACCAAAUGUCGGUUAUGGAGUUUCUGACUCGAUGGGUGUGAGAGAAAACGUCUCUAACCGUGAUGUUUUUAUCCAAAAGUUCAGAGGAAAUGAAAACGAAGUCCUCUUAUGCACUUUUGACGGCAGAAAUGGUGUUCCCAAUCAAGGACAUAGGAUAGCUCAAUUGGCUAGGCAAAUCUUUGUUCCAAAUUUCACUAAUGAGUUGAACAAACUAAAGCCUGAAGAGCAGGUGCAAGAUGCGAUAAGAAGGACUUUCUUGUCUUUAAACAGAGAGGUAAAUGGGAUCUUAUCAGCAAAGAAAAGUGGUGGCUUUACUCCAAACCCACAAGCUUCUGGCGAUAUACUUGACUUGAGCUUUACAGAAGAUUCUAAUCCUGGAUGUUCUAUCACCAUGGUGUAUAUUUGCGGUAAGAAGCUUUAUGUGGCAAAUAUCGGUGACACAGAAGCCCUAUUAUCGAAGAGUAAUGGUGAAUAUGUUCUAUUGACAUCAAAACAUGACCCAACUCAGAGAUCUGAAUUUGAAAGAAUAAAAGCGGCUGGAGGUUAUGUUUCGGGUGAUGGGGCCUUGGAUGGUAUGUUAUCAAUAUCUCGAGGAGCCGGAUUCUUCAACUUUUUACCACAUACCCAUUCAGGUCCCGAUAUAAAGGAAAUAGCCUUGGCUAAUGUAGAUGACAUGAUAGUCGUAGCUACGAAUGUAUUGUGGAAUCAAAUAUCUUAUGAAUUGGCUGAUGAUAUAUUAAGGCAAGAAAAGGACGAUCCAAUGAUUGCUGCUCAAAAGUUGAGAGAUUAUGCUAUAUGUUACGGUGCCAAUGAUAAGGUUGCAGUUCUUGUUUUAACAUUGGGAGAACAAAAAUCCAAAAAAUUUGGUUCAAAUGCUCUUUACAACAACCUAGGAAGAGAAAGUGAAAUAUUUGCUUCUAGGAAAAGACGUGACAAGAUUCAGCCAGGUGAUUCUAACUUGAGAAGGUUAGAGGAAGAAAUCGACCCCCCUGUUGGAGAAUUGGCAUUAGUUUUCACAGAUAUCAAAAACUCCACAUUGUUGUGGGAUACCUAUCCGGUACCUAUGAGAUCAGCCAUAAAGAUUCAUAAUUCAAUUAUGCGUCGUCAAUUAAGAAUUGUUGGUGGUUAUGAAGUCAAGACGGAAGGUGAUGCCUUUAUGGUUUCGUUUUCUUCUCCGACUUCUGCCCUUCUUUGGUGUUUCAAUGUUCAACAGAAAUUAAUGGCAGCAGACUGGCCAGCAGAGAUAUUGGAAACGGAUCACUGCUGUGAAAUCACUGAUGAGUAUGGAAACAUUAUCUUCAGAGGCCUUUCUGUCCGUAUGGGAAUUCAUUGGGGUGCACCGGUAUGUGAACCUGAUAUCGUGACAGGUAGGAUGGAUUAUUUUGGACCCAUGGUGAAUAGAGCUGCGAGAAUAAAUGCUGUUGCUGAUGGAGGUCAAAUCUGUGUUAGCUCUGAUUUCUUGGAUGAAAUGAAGUCAUUGUAUAAAAUCCAUGAGUCUAUAGUGGAUAAAAGGGCCACUUUAAGUGAAGCGUAUGAAGGCAAUGUCAGGGCCGGUGAAAUCAUUGAGAAAGAAAUUAAUGCUCUAGAAGAAAUAGGAUGUUCCUAUUUCGAUAUCGGUGAGAAAAAAUUAAAGGGUCUUGAAACUCCUGAGCUGAUUACUCUUGUUUAUCCAAAGAAGUUGGAGAUGAGAUUUGAAAUCUUUCAAAAGAGCUUCAAAAAUGAAGAUUCACAAGCUGGAAGUACCAGAGUUAUCGGCACAUUGCCAGUUAAUGCCAUUUACAACUUGCGUGACGUUUCUUUACUGUUGGAAAAUAUUUGCUCGAGAUUAAGUGGAGGACUUAAAGACACCUUUGAGACUCAACCUCUGGAUGUCAUAACCCAACAUCUUAACUAUGCCUAUAAAGAAAAGGAUUUCAUAGCACUCCUUAAUCAUGUUACUACAAGAAUUGAAAAUUGUGUAACCAAUUUGUACAUUCGACAACAGAUGGGGAUCCUCCAAGGCAAUCAUGGUCGUAUUGACUUUUGCUCAGUGAAUCCAAUUUACGAUAUAAUGACUGAGCUUGCUGAUUAUCUUAAUACGUUACAAGCUUUGAAGGCUGCUAAUGAAGUUGGGCCCGAUAGCAUUGAGCCUUCGCCGUAA